GCGUGGAGUGCUACAGCCUGAACCGGGAACUCCGAAGUCGGGUAGGUCUGGAAUGCCGACUCAUACCCUUGCUUAUCAAUCGAGAGGCCCAGGAUGGUGUGAAGGUUACUGACAUGUUGUUACGUAUCUAGGGUUCAGAGCUGUGAUAGAUUUCUAUACUGUUCCUCUUUUCUCUCGACAGAGUCAUCCAAGACCACCGGCCGGCCGGACCGAUCCCUUCUAGGCGGGGUAGAAGUGAAGCGCGGAGGCAAUAGCCGAUCCCUAGGCCACUAUCCGAUCAGCGAAAACCCUUUCCCUAUCACACACACAUCCUUCUGUGAUUUCGUGAUUCAUAUUGAGAUACGGCGCUGGAAUUCGAAGUCAUUCUAAUCUGCGAUCAUGCCACUCGACGAAGAAGGAGCCAAAUGGUCCUGUGAACCAUGCAUUCGUGGUCAUCGUUCGUCGAAAUGUCAACAUUUUGACCGGAUGAUGAUGAAAGUCCCCAAGGCGGGUCGACCGCUGGCGAAAUGCCCUCACCCGAAAGGCAAUUGCAGCUGUCAAAAGCUGUAUGCCUUCAUGGUUCGCAUUCCCAAAGGUUCUACCUGCCUGUGUCGACCAGUGUACCAAGUGCCCUCAGGUAUGAGCGAAUCGGGCUUCUCGACGCCGUCAGCUUCUGCGGCGCCAGGGUCGUCACCGGCUCCAAGUGGCAGGAUUCAGAAGCCUUCUCGACGACAGAGUAAUCUUCAUGUUGCACCAGAGAAUAUUGAAAGAGCGUUGAAUUCCCUGCCCAAAGUCGACCGCCAUCUUAUCAAGAAUGAGUCAUUGAGUCAUAUUCCGGCGAACAACCAUUCCUCCCCCAAAGAGUACAGCGACACUAGUUCGCCCCGGAGUCCACCUGCGGUAUUCAAUUUGCAACGGAGUCUCCCCCCGGUUGAAGAGAAGGUUUCGGCCGCCGGUGGCUGCUGUUCCAACAAACCACAACCGCCAAAACUCAGUCCGAAGUCAGGAUCAUGCUGUGGACAGUCCAAAGCUAAGCCGGGAAUAAAACCCAGCGAGAGCACUAUACCGGCUCACUCUAAACCGAAUUCUACCAUAGACGUUGCGCGUGCCCCGCCUUCUUCGACCCACGCGACUGAUUACUCUUUAUGGCAAGGUAUCGGCUCUGCUGGGCAGGGACCGCACAAUCUCUCAUACGCACAACAAGUCAAUCCGUUUCAGUCGCCAGUGUACAUGAACGAAUACGGGUUGAGUCCAGCCCCUGCGUCUUUCUUGGGACCCCUCAGCUCCGAGUUCCGCCAGGCCGGUGGAAAUCAUAACCACGGCUAUAUCGAUUCCGUCCAACCAGGCCACUAUCAAGGUACCGAUAAUCAACCAAUACUUGAUGCAGAUACAAUACAUGACUGCAGUUGUGGGGAUGACUGCCAGUGUUUGGGAUGCGCCUCUCAUCCAUUCAACCACACAACCAGACAGCACGUCCAGGAAAUGGGCUUCAUAGUCACUCUUGAUGGCCAAGUAGAAGGGUCGCUAAGGUCAAAUGGCUUGCAGACAGUAUCAUCGCCAUUCCCUGGAGAAAAUUCUACCGCUGUGCUGAAUAAUUCUCUUCCACACUUCGACCAUAUCUUGAAUACAACACCCCUACCUGAUAACAUCGCGAUGUAUUCGGAACAUUUCCCAUCAUCGGGUUUCAACUCCAGCUUCCCUUCGCCUCCUGCGGAGUAUGCGUCCGGUCAGCAGAUGAUGGAACCCUCGGAAUACUACACUAUUGCAUAUCCCGUGGGACUUCCAAGCACUUGCUCUGAUGUGACUGGCAGCUGCCAGUGCGGAAAUGACUGCACCUGCCUCGGCUGCCUCACCCACAGUGGCCACAGUGGUUUAACUACGGAGGGUGGCUUCCCCGGUCAUACAUCAUUAAGCCAUUUAUAGGACAGAAUUCUGUUCUGCGGAGCAGUGAAGUGAUCCAGGGGUAGUUCGACCCCUCCAUCUGAUAUAUAUCAGUCUUUAUUCUUGAGACAGUUCCGGCGAUACAGCUAUAUAAGUGAACCGAUGAUUCAUUCUUCCAUUAGAAUGCAUUGAACAAGUCACACUUUUAUCUUAGAUCUCCUCUUUUCUAUACACAACUGACGAAUAUGAUACCCUUGUAUAGACAUGAGACCUACUUCCUGGCAACAAACCUUUGAUGUGUUUACUGUGACUAAAAUAAGAAAUUUCUCCAAUCUCAUUUCCAUCUCAUUUCCAUCCCAUACUAUUCCUAUACUCUUUCACUGUACAUGCACAUGGUCCUUUUCACUAAUCAAUGGCCUAUAAAAUCUGAUUUGAG